AAUAAAUAAGUGAAAGGUACCUGAGACGGGUAAAGCGAACCAAAAUGCAAAAGUGAACAUGGAUAUGGCGCUUUAACUUUACCAUUAACUUUCCAAAUUCCAAUGGAUUUAUUUUCACUCAACAACAGCCUGGAAGACCAUCGCUUGGGGUUUUCAAGAAAGCAGCACUGUUGCAUAUAGCAUACUUUUAAUAAGACUUGAAUUAAGUUACGACAAACAAAUAAGCAGUUGCAGUUUAUCUUUAAGGGGGAACGCCCAGUGCCUUAGAUAUCACGUGGGCCGCAAUCACAUGAUCAAGAUCAAGUUUUUUGCAGAAGUACAAUGGAGGAACACUGAAGUUUGAUCUAAACACGAGCCAAAUCUGCAAAUCGAUUUAAUCUGUAGAACAAACUGAACCGAGGAAACCCGCUGGAAGACCAGAUAGACAUGAGACUGAGGUGAAAUCUGCUAAAACACAGAAAUGAAGUGUCUGCUGGUGGCCAGUGAAAGCGCAGAGGUACUGUUCUACUGGGCCGACCCUGAGUUCGAGCAGAACAUUCGAGAUCAGUAUGGACCCAGGCAGUAUGAGGGAGACACAUACCCUGCAUUUGAAGACAGCUUCAACACCCUGUUCGCUCCUCUGAUCAUCUCCUGCAGCACCCUGAUUGAAAAGAUUAAUGACACCUACACCUCCUUCAUCACAGAGAACGCCCAUCUCUAUAUCCUCCACCAGUUUGGAGAAUGUCUGUACAUUGCUGUCAACGGGGAUGGGGAAGAGAGCAAGGAAGAUUUGAGGAGGAAGAUCUACGUCAUGAAGAAGCUGAUCGAGGUGCACUUAGGCAUGGUGACCCUCAACAGCGCCCUCCUGAGGAAGGAGCUCCGACCCCAGGACACAGAGCAGCGGAUUCAGCUCUGGAAGAUGCUGCAAAGCCUUCUGGAAACGUACAGCCUCCUGAGAGAACAGGACCAGAGCUUUCUAGUGGAGGCGGUGGAGCGACUGAUCCACCCCACGCUGUGUGAGCAGUGCAUCGAGUUCCUGGAGCGGCGCGUGGUGCAGCAGAUCAAUGGGAGCCCCGAGCGGGCCGGGGAGGAGGUGCUGCAUGCCUUCAUACUGGUGAACACCAAGCUACUCGCAUUCUACUCCAGCCGCAACGCCAGUUCAAUCAAGCCCUCGGACCUGCUGGCCUUGAUCCUGAUGGUACAGAACCUGUAUCCUAGCAACAAUGAGCUGGACGAUACAGCCCUAGAGCUGUCCACACAGCCUGUCUGCAGCAGCAGUGGCAGCAUCUCCAUUCAGAGGGCUGGAGGGAAAGGGAGCACUUCUACUAACACCACCUACUCACCCAGCACAACACAAGAGGGGCCAGAAGGCAGCUCUGUGCCUGAAGUGUUCUACACCCCAGAGCCCUCACCCACAGGCAGGGAAUCAGAUGCAGCUGAGAUGGAAGGAGAGAGCACUCCUGUCUUUCAGUUUAUUGAUCCUGAUGUUCAGGUGGCUGAGGACAGCCUGAAGACCCAAGAGGCCCAGCCCCCUGACCCUGCGACCCCCCGCAGGGUCUUUCUGGAGGCCACGUUCAAGGAGGGUUACUGUCCCAUGAUGCCUCACUCCAUGUACUGCCUGCCGCUCUGGCCAGGCAUUUCAAUGGUGCUGUUGACCAAGAUCCCAAACAGUCAGGUGGCCGUGUCUCUGUACCAGUUUCUCGAGGCGUUCACAAUGCUGGAGAAGAAACUGAGUGAGGGACAGGAGGGGGGCUCACUCCCCCGCACACAGCCCCCCCUCUCUGAGCUCCGCAACAAGCUGGACAAGUUCAUCCGGGCCCUGGGCAGCAAUGAGAUUCAGCUGCAGAACACCUGGACUGACUUCAAGAACAAGGCAUUUUCCAGAGCAGCGCAGGGAACCUCCAGGGAGAGGAAACAAGAUCUAUGUGACUGCCUCCACAGGCUGCUGAUGUCCUGCCAUGCAAUGAAGACUCGGCUGUGUGCUGUCUACAGGCAGUACUUUGUUGUGCAGAGUCAAAGGAGCCCUCAGCGCCUCUCAGUGAGCCUCCAGGAGAAGGCCCUCGCCAUGAUGCAGGAGAAGCUUAUGGAUUGGAAGGACUUCCUGUUGGUGAAGAGCAAAAGGAACAUCACCAUGGUGUCCUACCUGGAGGACUUCCCAGGAUUGGUGCACUUUAUCUACGUGGAUCGCACGGCCGGGCAGAUGAUUGCUCCCUCCCUCAAUGUGACGGACCUCUCCACCACAGAGUUGGGCAAGGGGCCGCUUGCUCACUUCAUUAAGAGCAAGGUGUGGUCUCUGGUUGGAACAGCACGACGCUACCUACAGAAAGGGUACACUACAGUGACCCUGAGAGAUGGCGAUUAUUACUUCUGCUACUUCCUGUGGUUUGAGAGUGAAACGGGAUACAAGUUAGAGGGGAUUGAGCUGCCUGUCCUAUCUGAGGACUCUGCCCCGAUAGGGAUGCUCGCUGGCGACUAUUACAGGAAGCUCCUGAGGUACUACAGCAAGGACCAUCACACUGAGAUAGUGAAAUGUUAUGAGCUGCUGACCAUCCACCUCGGGGUGAUUCCCACCGACUACAUCCUCCAGCAUUGCUGUGAGCUGGCCAAGAAGCUGUGGGAGCCUACGAGGAUCCCCCUGCUGUAGAGGAAGUGUUCUCCAAGCUUCUCCGGAGCCCCUUCGUUUCCCCUACUCUAAAAGAGGUGCUGCCCACACUGCUCCAGGGAGCCCCCCUAAUGCCAUUGCUGUAGAGGAGGUCUCUCCUAGGCUGAGCCACCUUGAACCCCAUUGCACAAGACUGAUUGAUAAGACAAUAACAUGCAGCCUCCCUGGAGUUUCAUGUUGGUGACAUUUGAAAAUGUUAAUGCAGAUGAUUUCCUAGUAAAAAAGAAAAAAAAAAAAAAACAUCUCCCACAGCUUGUACAGGAAAGUACUCCACAGGACCAAAGAUUGAAAUCUGUGUUAAUGCUUCUUCAUGAGCAUUCAAUUAUGUGACAGGUUGUUUUUUUAUUUAUUUUAUUUACUUUAAUAAAUGAUUGCAUAACAUGAUAGUGCACAGGACAUUUUUAAAUAAACAUUCUUUUUCUACAUACUGAACAAUGAAGCAGUGUGAUGCUGGUUAAGUAAAAAAAAAAAAAAAAAUGUACUGUA